AUGUUGUUUCGGGUGCCACCAACAACGGUCAUUUUCUCCUUACAAUCUCCUCGCCAUGCAUUGCUAACUUGGCGAGAAGAUCCAGGUAGGCAUCCACGACUCGGUAGAGGAUGCUCGUGUCGCGCUCAAACUCUUCAGGAAAUGGGAGGAACUCAACAAGGAUGGCACUUUGGACAGCGUCUUGAACUCGCUGUACACAACGGGUAA